AAUUAAACACCGAUAAUAAUUUUAUUGUCAGUGAGUCAUUAAAAUAAAAAAAAAUAAACUAAAAGAAAAAGUAAAAAAAACACCUUAGUCAGUGGAUAACUGUCAGGCAAGAUCUUCAAGUUGUUAAAAAAUUAAAAUCUACAAAUUAAAAAAAUCGAUACUCAAAAAAAAACCUAGCAUUGAAAAUAGAAUAUAUAAAUUGAAUAGUGUAUUAAAAAAUUAGUUCGAUUGUGUUUUUAUAUUUUGUCCAUCUGUCAAAUUGCUAUAAAAAAAAAAAACACAAAGUUUGUUUUGUAAACAUGGAUUACACAAAUGGAAUGCAGUCAACAAGCUCACUCAACUUUGUGAGUGAAACAACACCUCUACUGUCGGAAGCAUCAACAUCAUCAACAUCAUCAAAAAUGCCUGAAAAAAAUAUUGGUAUAUCUCAACAAACUCUUGUUUCACGAGGUGGUGAAAGUGUAAAUAAAGCAAGAAAAGUACCACAAUAUGUUGCUGGUUUGGCAUCAACACUUGGUGCACUUGCUGCUGGUAUGGUACUUGGUUGGACAUCACCAGCUGGUGAAAAUGGAAUUGAACUUGAUAAACAAUAUAACAUAAGAAUUGAUGAUGAACAAUUUGCAUGGAUUGGAUCAAUAUUUAAUUUAGGUGCAGCUGCAAUAUGUGUACCAAUUGGUAUAAUAUGUGAUAAAAUUGGACGUAAAAAAGCCAUGUUAUUAUUGACAAUACCAUUUACAAUUGGUUGGUUAUUAAUAAUAUUUUCAAGUUCAGUUAAAAUGUUUUACAUUGGAAGAUUUAUACUUGGUGUUAGUGGUGGUGCAUUUUGUGUAACAGCACCAAUGUAUACUGCUGAAAUUGCUGAAAGUUCAAUACGUGGUACACUUGGUUCAUACUUUCAAUUGAUGUUAACUGUUGGUAUAUUAAUGACAUAUACACUUGGUACAUUUAUGAGUAUGCGUGUAUUAUCAAUUGUAUCAGCAAUAGUACCACUUGUAUUUUGUGCUGUAUUUAUUAUGAUGCCUGAAACACCAGUUUAUUUAUUAAAAAAAGGACAAAUUAAUUCAGCAAGAUCAAGUUACAGAUGGCUAAGAGGAUCGACAUAUGAUAUUGAACCAGAAAUGACUGCACAAAAUGAAGCACUUGCUGAAGCAAAUAGAAAUACAAUUUCAUUUUUAUCAGCAAUUAAAACAAAAGCAGCAAGAAGAGGUUUAAUUAUUGCAUUUGGAUUAAUGACUGUUCAACAAUUGAGUGGUGUUAAUGCAAUUAUAUUUUAUUCUGGUAAAAUAUUUAAAAGUGCUGGUGCUAAUAUGGAUCCAAAUUUACAAACAGUUAUUGUUGGUAUCAUGCAAGUUGUUGCUGUAUUUAUAAGUACAUUAAUUGUUGAUAGAUUAGGCAGACGUGUAUUGUUAUUAGUAUCAAGUGCAUUUAUGUGUAUAUCUGCAUUUACAAUGGGUUUUUAUUUUAACUUACAAUCAAAUGGUACUGAUGUAUCAUCAAUUAGUUGGGUACCACUUGUUGCUAUUUGUUUAUUUAUUGUUUUAUUUUCAAUUGGUUUUGGUCCAAUUCCAUGGAUGAUGAUGGGUGAAAUAUUUUCACCACAAAUUAAAGGCAUUGCUGGUAGUAGUGCAUGUUUAUUCAAUUGGAUUAUGGCAUUUUUUGUAACUAAAUUUUAUAGUAAUUUUGAAUCUUCAUUUGGCUCAGAUCGUACAUUUUGGAUAUUUUCAUUUAUUUGUGCACUUGGAUUUGUUUUUGUAUUUUUAAUUGUUCCAGAAACAAAAGGUAAAACAUUGGAAGAAAUACAAUGUGAAUUGAGUGGUGAACCAAUUACAACAACAACACAAAAUAACAAUAGUAAUAGUAAUUCAAAAAUGUAAAUUAAAAAGAAAAAAAGUUAAUCAACAAAAAGAAAAAUUAUUUUUUAUAUUAUAAAUGCAUUUUUCUAGUUUUUUUUUUUUUUUGUUUUAAAUAGAAUAUAUAUUUACAUAAUUAUAGACACACCCACACAGACACACAUCAUAGACACACAUAGAAUUUUUAAGAUAGAUUUUAUCAGCUAUUUUCUUUUUUUUUUUUCAAUUUUUUUUGUCGUUUGCGUUUAUAAGACUGAUUCGUUUUUAAUAACAGAUACGUAUACUCGCUAACGAGAUAAGCUGUAAUGUAUUAUUUAUAGAAAAAAACAAACAAAAUAUAAUAAUAAAAAACAAACAAAUCUGUAAU